AGCCCACCCCCUGCCUCCCCGCCGCCGCUCGGUCUCGCUCACUCGCUGGCAGGCAGCGCCGGCAGGAUCAGGGCUGCGCGAGCGGGCAGCAGCAGCAUGCGUGCGGCGGCUGAGGCUGAGGGCGCGAGAGCCACGUAGGGCGCCCGGCCCGAACCUCCCCGCCGCCUGCCUCCUGCCCCCCUCACCAGCACCGUCGCGGCUCCCUCCGGGGACGCUGGGCGCCGACAGCCGCGUGCAUGACACUCCGAAAAGGAGAGAAAAUGACCAUAAGUAUCCAGGAGCACAUGGCUAUCGACGUCUGCCCCGGCCCCAUCAAACCCAUCAAGCAGAUCUCCGACUACUUCCCCCGCUUCCCUCGCGGGCUCCCCGCCGCCGUGGGCCGCAGCGGGGCCCUGCGCCCGGCCGUCAGCCAGCCCUCCGUCAGCCCCGCCGAGGCGCCCCGCGAGGAUGACGAGGACGUGGACCAGCUUUUCGGGGCGUAUGGCACGACGCCCGCCCAGCAGCCGGCCAAGUGCCCCCCACCCGAGGAGGCGGUGGACCCCGAGGGCUACGAGUCCGACGACUGCACCGCGCUGGGGACGCUGGAUUUCAGCUUGCUGUACGACCAGGAGAACAACGCUCUGCACUGCACCAUCAACAAAGCCAAGCUGCCAAAACUUGACUACAGAAAGGGCCUGAAGCCGAUGGACCAUAACGGUUUGGCCGACCCCUACGUCAAAUUGCACUUGCUUCCCGGAGCCAGCAAGGCGAAUAAACUACGAACCAAGACGCUGCGCAACACGCUGAACCCCACCUGGAACGAGACGCUCACCUACUACGGCAUCACCGACGAGGACAUGAUCCGCAAGACCCUGCGGAUCUCGGUGUGCGACGAGGACAAGUUCCGCCACAACGAGUUCAUCGGGGAGACGCGGAUCCCGCUGAAGAAACUGAAGCCCAACCAGACCAAAAACUUCAGCAUCUGCCUGGAGAAGCAGCUGCCGAUAGAUAAAACAGAGGACAAGUCGCUGGAGGAGCGCGGCCGGAUCCUCAUCUCCCUCAAGUACAGCUCGCAGAAGCAGGGCCUGCUGGUGGGCAUCAUCCGCUGCGCCCACCUGGCCGCCAUGGACGCCAAUGGCUACUCCGACCCCUACGUCAAAACCUACUUGAAACCGGACGAGGACAAGAAGUCGAAGCAUAAGACGGCAGUGAAGAAGAAGACACUGAACCCCGAAUUCAAUGAGGAGUUCUGCUAUGAGAUAAAGCAUGGCGACCUGGCCAAAAAGACCUUGGAAGUCACCGUGUGGGACUACGACAUUGGGAAAUCGAAUGACUUCAUAGGUGGAGUCGUGCUGGGAAUUAAUGCCAAAGGCGAGAGGCUGAAGCACUGGUUUGACUGCCUGAAAAACAAGGACAAGAAAAUCGAGCGCUGGCACACACUAACGAACGAGCUGCCAGGGGCCGUCCUCAGCGACUGAGCGCCCCGCGGACUGCUCGCCUCCACGGCGUCGGGCGGAGGGGAGCGAGGCACUGCUGCGAGGGAGAGGGGACAUCCCGUGCCACGCCGUGGGGACACGCUCCCCAGGGAGCAAGGCAGAGGCUCCUCGCUGUGCUCAGCGGGUCCCAGUCCCUAAGGCUUUUUCAGAAUGCCUCUCAGCACCCUUACACACACACACGCAUGCUCACGAGCAUGCACAGACACUCGUGCACACACACACACACACACUCUCUCAACACACACCUGCAUGCACUACAGUUCUGACUCCUCUCCCAACUCGUCGCUGUACUGACUGACCUUCCUGCUGCCUUGCAAUUCAGUGGCAAAAAUGAAUGCAUCAGUCUUCGUUCGUGUAUCUAAUAUGAGCAAAAAGGCGUCACUAAAACAUGGAACUACUUUAUCCAGGCGAUUGUGCCAUAUUUCUGGUGGUUUGUCAGUCUCUGUGGUUUGGGCCUAAACAGUCUUUUAUGCAUUUAAAGCUCCUCCGUCGGAAUGAUUGUGUUCUCUGAUAACCUAGGAAGACUUUGCUUCUCUUCCAGAAAUGUGCUUGUUCUCUCCUAUCACCCGUGCGGGUCAGCUGGCAGGCUGAGGGGCUGAGCACCUCUGCAGCCCCCCACAAACCCCCAGGGACAGCCUCAGCCCCAGCCGCCUCCCUGGGAGCUGUCGUGGGGAAUGAAAGCGGGGAAUAAAACAACGACACCGAGCAGGGCAGCCCCGGGCUGUGCCAGCUGCUCUUCUCCCCGUGCGCUGCUUCCUGGGAGCCUCAGCCCCUCUGUUUUUCCAGGAAAACCGGCUUUUAGGCUGGAUUUUUCUAUCACUUUUCCCUUCAUCUCCUUUCCCAGUGCAUGCCACUGCAUAGGAGCCAGGCAGUUUCCACUGCAUGCUGUCUGUGUGCCACAAGCUGAGCCUGUCUGCGAGGUGCUCAGCUCGGGCACAGCCGCCAGCUCACCCAAUUUGCUGCAGCAUGCACGGCUCCAGCCCAAAUUCCUGCAUAUGGCACGGGAAUACCAGGGCUGAGCUGUGUACAGCACCAGGUCUGAGUUGUCCUCUGCAUCCUGCCCUGCCGGCUCUCGUGCAAAACCCAGCGAGGCACUGACGGGUGAAAACUUUCUGCGAAAUGCUGCACCUUGCCAGAAAUUUCUGAAGCCUUUAAACUGCGACUCCUUCGGAAGAGCUGCUGUUCCGUUCGGUCUCAAUCUCUUACCUACAGCUUCUGAGCCGUGUAUCCGUGUGUGCGUGUGCGCGUGGGUGUUGACGACUUUUGGAAAGCAAUCAGACCUCCGUUUACUUUUCCAAGUUCCGACAGUGUUACACCUUGUUUGAUAUGGAAGGGGGGGGGGGGGGGCGGGAAAUGUUCAUAGGGUCUUUUUUAAUAACUUAAUAUUUGUAAUGCGUUCUACAGAUAUGCAUGGAUUUUAUUUGAAUGCCAGCAGCGUGUCCACGAGGAUGCUCCGGGUGAUCUGCCGCUGCUCCAGCACCGCGAUGCCUGCGGGCUGAUUUCGGGGUGCUGAGCCCCUGGGGGCGCAGGAGCGUCCACCUGCAACGUUGGCAGCAGUAAGCGACGGGUUCAAGCGCAUGUCGCUGUGAAACUGCCUUAUGGCUGCGGGGGAGCAGGACGUGGGGGUUCAUCACUUUGCACCGAAGCCUUUUCUAAGCGGACUGUCCGUGCAUCCCAGCUGCAUGCAGAGCGGUGGUCGUCGCGCCAGCCUUGUGAAAUGUUUGAUACCGAUGUUUUGCUACAAUGUGAAGGCUGCAGAAAUUGUCCUUACCUGCAUCCUAAAGGAAUUUUGUAUUUCAGUAUUAUCUAUCUGUGUACUUUUGGUCAGAUUUGUUAAUAUUUAUAACGAGAACCCGAAAUAAAAAGGGGGAAAAAAAAA